UGGUUUGUAAUACAGAGAAUGAGGAGUGUAUGUUCAGUCAGUGUCCACUUUGUGAAAAUUUCUUUCGAGAUGAGGUUGAACAAAAAGUUAUUGACGGUAACGUUCAGAUUAAAUGGCUUCAGUGGGGCGAACGAAAAUGGACGGGCAGAAAAAAAGAGUAUUCUGGUAGUGUUGAUGAGGCAGUCCAGCUAUUAGGAAGUAAAAUUGAACAUUUUAAAUUUCAUGUGUUUGUUAAGAGAGAACAGUCGAAAUAUUUUGAAAAACUUAAGGCUGAAGUGACCGAUGAAAAAGUUAUGUGUCAAGUUGAUUUCGCCGAAAAUUAUGGAAUGAAGGAGCAAGAUGAAGUUCAGUCCGCACAUUGGUACACAAAAACAAUGAGUAUAUUUACAGGUUAUGUUUGGUCCAAAAGUGGAGGAUUUGGUUUUGCUCUACCCUCGUUAGAUGUUAGUCACGAUAAAUUCGUUGUGAAUUCAGCUCUGGAAUUAAUUUUAAAUCAUUUGAAAACUCUACUUCCAAAUCUGAAAGAAAUUAACUUUUUCAGUGAUGGAGCACCGUCUCAGUUUAAGGGGCCCCCCCUCCAAAAUCUGUCUUCGUUACCAUGCAUAGAAUUUUGA